GUCUUUAAGUCGCCUUCAUCAAUUUGCCCUUCGCCCUCGCAGUUAUUUCUGCAAGGGCACCAAAGGAACCUUGCAUCACCUUUCUCUGAAAUUGCUCCCAUACGCUUGCUCAUGCCGUCGUAAAAAUCACCACCCGCACAGAACAUAGCUGUACAGUCAAACGUGUCGGCGUUGACAAACCUUGGCGCGCAAACCGGACAAGAUGCCCCCCGUACCGGACAACGUCCUCAACUGGCUGUACAGCGUGCUAACAAGCGAAUAUCAUGACAUCAACAGAACGUACAGUGACACGGCCCAACUUCUCUUCCAUUAUCCUUCCUUACGGCCCAAGACGGAAGUGUACAGUGCGCACACCUUCCCCGCAUACGUCUGAUGAUAGAACCUGAGAUCUAAGAGGCACAUGAUAGCAUACGAACACGGCACGUCGGCACUUCUGCUGCUAUUGGCGGGCACUAUACCUGUUGAAUUUCGCGGCCAGGUCUUUCACUUCCCCAUUCAUCUCUGGAUUCCCCAUGCAUACCCGCGCGAAGCUCCCAUAGGAUUCGUGGUUCCUAACGAGACGAUGCUCGUUCGACCUGGGCAGCACGUCAGUGGAGAAGGGAAGAUCUAUCAUCCCUACCUGGCGAAAUGGUCUGGUUUCUGGGAUAAGUCUAGCUUGCUGGAUCUUGUGGCCAUUCUUCGAGAAGUAUUUGCUAAAGAGCCACCGGUCGUCUCGAAGCAACAUACACAGCAGGCUCGUCCUCAACAAUCGGUAGCUCGGACAGCCCCAACACCGCCUCCACCCUUACCUCCUCCGCCGGAGGAGUGGAGGAAGUCUCGACAGCCAACUUCGCAUUCAUCCAUUGAUAGUACGAACUAUCCACGACAGCAUGGCGAAGUUCCUCCUCCGCUCCCUCCAAAGGACGUGGACCCUUCGCGGUCGUUGUCAAUAAAUCCAACGGAUGAACGAGCUCGACAGUCAAGCCAUGGUGCUUCUAUGCCUCCGAUUUCGCUGUCACGCGUCCGAGGGGAUGGUUAUGUCCCGAAUAAGCACUGGCAAGAUGCGACCUACGUGCCAGCGCAGACGUCAGUUGAUUCACGACAGGGAAGCAGAAAUGACGGGCCAUUGCCAGUCAGGAUUCUGCCCCCCCACGUGCGCUCUCAGCAACAAUCGCAUCACGAGCUAGAGAGUCCAGUGAGCCCGAGCAUGUCCUUGAGUAAUGUUCCACCUAAACCGGCGCAAUAUGCAGAGCAACAUAUUCCAGCUGAUAUUCAAUUUCGCCCUCCGCAUGCUCCUUACCAGCCACCGCAGCCAUUGCCUCAACCGAUACCCCAAAGCCACCUUCAGCUUUCCCAAAAGCAUCCUUAUCAACACCCAAUAGAGCAAGACUUCCCCCGUCGACCACCUCCGCAGCCUCAGAUUGACUUGCUUUCCUCUCCUCUAGAUGUACAGCUUCCAGGCCAGAGUCAACCAGCUGAAAAACUACCUGUGCCACCUGUUCCACCAAACCCUGAAAAAGAUGCUCUUCUCCACGCUCUGUCGCAGGCGCUUUGCUCGCAAGCCGGUCAGAUUAUUGCAAACAACAACGCUGCCGUACAAUCUCUAAUUGCGCAGCAUCAUGCACUCAUGAACGCGCAACAAACACUUCAGGCUGAGAUCGAAUCCCUCACUCAGCUGUCCUCCAUCCUCGAUGGCAACGAAUCAGCUCUUCGACAAGGUUUGACGCAAAUCGAUUCUUCUAUUGCCAACGCAGCAACUCAAAGGCGGCCUGAAAUCGAUACUCUUAUCAUUUGUCCAACUGUUGUCGGCCAACAGGUAUACAAUGCUGUGGCGGAAGAGCAGGCCGCGAGAUAUGUCCGACUGGCGUUGGGAAAGGCAUUGGACAGGGGAAGAAUUGGCGUGAAGGAGUAUGUCAAGGAGAUGAGGGCGAUAGCCCGAGAAGAGUUCUUCCGCAAAGUGGUCUUAAAAAAGGCCAGCGCUGGCAUGGGACUCAAUAUGGGCGAAUUCCAUGAACAUAGAAGACAUUGAAAAUGAGUGUUUAUUAACUCGCUGUAAUAGACCGUGUUAAGAACUAGGGAGUUCCCCC